UUUUCUUAGCGGACGAUAAGGAAAUACCUAUGAAUUUGUUGUGGUUUAUAAGAAAAGGCUGGCAGGAGCAUGCCUUCAAUGAUUUUGUUAGUGAUUUGAUACCUUUGGAUCGUACGUUACCAGAUGUUAGAGAUGAAUGGUGCAAAAUACAAAAUUACUCAUCGAACCUGCCUCAAGCUUCUGUAGUAAUUUGUUUCCACAAUGAAGCAUGGUCGACAUUGCUCAGAACGAUUCAUUCCGUUUUAAACCGGAGUCCUGAAAAUCUUUUAAAGGAAAUUAUACUCGUGGAUGACUUUUCUGAUAUGAAACACCUUCACACUCGUUUGGAUGAUUACGUAAACAAAAAUUUGCGAAAGGUAUCAGUUAUCAGAGGCAAUGAACGGUUGGGUCUAAUUAGAGCGCGAUUAUUAGGACUCAAGUUUGCGUCAGCACCGGUUGUAUUAUACCUUGAUAGCCAUUGCGAAUGUACUGAAGGAUGGCUGGAGCCUCUUUUGGAUCGUAUAAAAAAGGAUCAAACAAAAGUUGUAAGUCCCGUUAUAGACUACAUCCACAAAAACACAUUUGAAUACAUAUAUCAAGAUAUCGACGACUUAAGAUUGGGCGGAUUCGACUGGAACCUCCGUUUUAUGUGGGAGGUUGUACCAACGGCCACGAUUCAAAGUCGUCAAUAUUUGGCUGCACUAAUAAAUACCCCAGUUAUAGCUGGCGGACUGUUCGCUAUAGAUAAACAGUUCUUUGCACGUUUGGGUUACUACGAUGAAGAAUUCAACAUCUGGGGAAGUGAAAACCUCGAAUUGUCGUUUAAGACCUGGAUGUGCGGUGGUACACUGGAAAUUAUACCGUGUUCUCAUGUUGGUCAUGUUUUUAGAAGACAGUUUCCUUAUAAAGGAGCUCAUGAAAAUGCUAAGAGAAAUGCUGUGAGAUUGGCAAAGGUCUGGUUAGAUGAAUACGCAAAAUAUUUCUUCGACCGAAUAGGAAACGAUUUGGGAGAAUAUGGGAAUGUCGAUAAUCGAAUGCAGCUGAAGCAAAAGUUAAAAUGCAAAUCAUUCGAGUGGUAUUUGGAAAAGGUUUAUCCUUACCUGAGUAUACCUAAUGAUCUUGUUGGAAGUGGGAGAUAUUGGGCCUAUACGAAGCAAGGACAAAUUAAGAGGAACGAUUACUGUAUGACAUAUAUGAUGGGAAUGAUUGGCCUUGACUUGUGCAAUGCGGAAAAUAAAAAUCAAAUCUGGUACUACAAUAAUUCGAGUAUUCUUCACGCCAGGAUUAAGGCUGAUUCACGUUACACCGUGCUGGGUUCAGGCCGUCACGGUGCCGUGUCAUUUCCACCGUGCGCCGGCCGGGUCAGUCACUCACGUUACACCGUGCCGGGUCCGGACCGUCACCGUGCCGUGUCGUAUCCACCGUGCGCCGGCCGGAUGGUGCUGAUCAAUAGCCUGAAAGCAGUUUACAUCAUAUAA